AUGGAUGGUGCUACAGUUUUAUGUAAAGCAUUAAAAGAACAAGGUGUUGAGUAUUGUUUUGGUAUUGUUGGAUUUCCAAUUAUUGAAGUUGGAAUUGCUUGUCAAGCUGUAGGAAUAAAAUAUAUUGGUUGUAGAAAUGAACAAUCUGCAGCAUAUGCAGCACAGGCUAUGGGAUAUUUAACAGAAAAACCAGCUGUUUGUUUAGUUGUUUCUGGUCCUGGAUUUCUUCAUACAUUAGGUGGUUUAGCUAAUGCAACAGAAAAUUGUUGGCCAAUGAUUUGUAUUGGUGGAUCAAGUGAUCUUGAUCUUGAUACAAGAGGUAGUUUUCAAGAAUGUAAUCAAAUAGAUAGUGCCAGAAUUUAUUGUAAAUAUGCAUCAAGACCAACAAGUGUUUCAGUUAUUCCAUUACAUGUACAAAAAGCAGUUAGAAUGGCUAUGUAUGGAAGACCAGGGGCUGUGUAUAUUGAUAUACCAGGAAAUUUAAUAUUAACAAGUAUUGAUGAAAAUGAAAUAAUAUUUCCUGUACCAGUAACUUUACCACCACCAAAAUCUGUACCCCCAAAAGAUAUGUUAAUUAAAGCAUAUGAAGAGAUAAAAAAAGCAAAAAAACCAUUAAUUAUUUAUGGUAAAGGAAGUCAAUGGACAAAAAAAGGUCCAUUACAAAUAAUGAAAUUUGUUGAAGAAACAAAUAUUCCUGUAAUAGCAACACCAGGAGGAAAAGGUGUCAUACCAGAUGAUUUUAAAAACAAUAUUCAGGCAGCAAGAUCAUAUGCUUUAAAAAAUUCAGAUUUAAUUAUUUUAAUUGGAGCAAGACUUAACUGGAUUCUUCAUUUUGGUAUAGAACCAAGAUUUAAUAAGAAUGUUAAAAUUAUUCAAAUUGAUGUCAAGGCAGAGGAAUUCCAUCAAAAUGUUCCAACAACAGUUCCAUUGUUAGGAGAUAUUGGUGAUACAAUUGAAUUAUUAAGACAUGAAAUGAAAGGGUAUACUUUUGUUGAAAAAUGUGAAUGGAAAAAAAUAUUAAAUGAUAAGUGUGAAAAAAAUAAAAAUAUAAUUAAAAAAAUGGCAGAAGAUCAUUCAGUUCCAUUGAAUUAUUAUGCAGCAUACCAUCCAAUUCAAGAGUAUGUUAAAAAAAAUGAUGUAUUGGUAAUUAAUGAAGGUGCCAAUACAAUGGAUAUUGGAAGAAGUAUGUUACCUUCAUUUCUUCCAAAAAGAAGACUAGAUGCUGGAUCAUUUGGAACAAUGGGUGUAGGACUUGGAUAUGCUUUAGCAGCAGGAUUUUAUUGUCGUGACUAUUCACCUGAUACAAAAGUACUAGUAAUACAAGGUGAUAGUGCCUUUGGUUUUAGUGGUAUGGAAUUGGAAACUAUUAAAAGAUAUAAUCUUCCUAUUACAAUAAUUGUAAUUAAUAAUGGUGGAAUAUAUCGAGGAUUAACAAAAGAAAAUUGGGAAGAGAUGGAUAAUGACACUGAAGAAGAUAGAUGUUUUUCAUUACCAGUUUUAUCUCUUACACCAGAGUGUCGUUAUGAUAAAAUGUGUGAAGCAUUUGGAGGUGUUGGAGUUCUUGUAAGAACAGUUCCUGAAAUUAAACAAGAACUUCAAAAAUCAUAUACUUUAAAAAACGUAACAUUAAUCAACUGUAUUAUUGCUAAUGACUCUGAAAGAAAACCACAAGAACAUCAAUGGUUAACAAGAUCAAAAAUAUAA